AUGAAUGAACUUGUUGGUAAAUCAUUACCUGGCCAUGGUAGCUGUAUUCAUAUCGUUUCAGUCGAUAUUUUUUCUUACGUUGAGUUACUUAACAAAAAUCAAUCAACUGAAGUUGUUAACAAUCUUCUCGAUGCUGUUCAUCAAUUAGUAAAAAGUGGUAUCGACUUUUUACUUAUUGCUUCUAAUACAGGUGAAACACUAUUAGUAUCCUUUGUUCAACUAUUAAAUGUCAUUUCAGGUCAUAUCGCUGCACCUCGAAUAACUGAAUACUAUCCGAAUCUUGUUUUUAUUCAUAUAAGUGACGCUGUUGCAUAUGCUGUAAAAGAAAAAAAAUUAAAAAAAGUCGGUUUCUUGGGCACGAAAUUUACAAUGAAAUUAGACAGUUGUGUUGUUAGUCGUUUGCUGGAACAUAACCUAGAUAUUGUAUUCCCGCGUAACGAGGAUAUAGAUCGUCUUCAUCAAAUUAUUCUAACUGAAUUAAAUAGUAACAUAUUUACUACUGAAUCCAAGCAGUUUUAUAUAUCUGUUAUGCAACGCUUAUUUGAUGAACAACAAGUUGAAGGAAUAGUACUCGGCUGUACGGAAAUUCCUCAGCUCGUUCGACAAAAUGAAAUUUCUCAUGUUCCAUUAUUUGAUUCAACACAAUUACAUGUACAAUUAGCAGUCGAUUAUCAACUUGGUCGAUGUGACGUAGAACGGUUCUUACCAGUAACAAUGAUAAAAAAAAACUGA